CCGGGAACAACGAACACCAGCGACUUUCCGAACUUUGGUGGGGACAACGAAAUUCGCCACAAAUUCAAAACAACGUCCAAGAUAUCGCUUCGCUCCCCGAAAGCUCCACAUUUCGCUUGACAAGCAACCGCGUUCAGAUUGCAUUUCAACCUGAGCAUUCGCAGACGUCUCACCAGGUGGACAAGCAGACUGAUUGGAAAGAUGGGCUGUGACGAGAAACGAGAGCCGGCUUCAGGCUAUCUGCGUGUCCAAGACAUUCCUGCCCUGACGCAGGAUCACUGCCGUAUGCUGGAUCCGGCCAAGGUGGAGCGGAUCAUCAACGAGUUCGUCCAGGGCGGACCGGAGCGCAUGCAGCUCGUGUCGGACUUUGACUACACCAUCACCAAGCAGCGGACGGAGGAUGGCUGCGCUGUGCUCUCCAGCUUCGGAAUAUUCAACGCCUGCGAGUCCCUGCCGGAGAAUUUCAAGGUCGAGACGGAGAAGCUCUAUCGCAAGUAUCGUCCCAUUGAGAUCGAUCCCCACAUGCCAGUCGAAGAAAAGACCAAAUUCAUGAUCGAGUGGUGGACCAAGUCAGGCGAACUGACCAGCGGAUUUUCCUUUGAUCAGUCAGAAAUAGAUCAUGUGGCCAGCAAAUACAAGCAUGCGCUACGUGACCGCACCCACGAGUUCUUUGCAGACCUGGAUCGCUUGGGCAUUCCAACGCUGGUGUUCUCCGCGGGCCUCGGCAACUCCGUUGUCUCCGUGCUGCGUCAGGCGAACGUAAUGCACCCCAACGUUCGAGUCGUCUCUAAUUUCCUAAAAUACCGCAACGGCAAUCUGGAUGGCUUUCAGCAGCCAAUGAUUCAUACAUUUAAUAAGAACGAAACCGUUCUGGACGGCAACGAGUAUUACGAUCUGGUGCACACCCGCGACCACAUCAUUGUUAUGGGUGAUUCCAUCGGCGAUGCAGACAUGGCUUCUGGAGUUCCAGCUUCAUCCCACAUCAUGAAGAUCGGCUUUCUCUUCGAUCACGUGGAGGCGAACAUGGAGAAGUACAUGAAUACCUUCGACAUUGUGCUGGUGGAUGACCAGACCAUGGAUGUGCCAAGGACGCUGCUGGGCCUCAUCGAGAAACAGCACCAACUGAAUCUGCAGGCGAAGCAGAGCGCUCUUUAGGAACGCCGGCAGUAUAUUGGCCAUACUGGAAAGUACUCCUAGCUGUUUCUGCUCUCUCAUUUGCAGGAAAGAUGCUAACUAUACUUGAAAUUAACAGAAGCUACUAAUUAAGUGGUUUUAGAUAUAACCAUUUUACUCAUCUUGACACUAUUUUAUUUGACAACUAUAAAAUGACAGCGUUGUGAUCAGAAGAUAUUAAAGGAAAAGAAAUGAAAUGAAAA